AAAAAGAUAUUCAAAACCUUAUCCACACCUUUUUAAACAAAAAGAGAACAUUUGAAAGCCGAUAACUUACACAGCCGCCGCCUCUCUCUCGUCCCAUCCUCAGAACUCCGCGUUGCUGCUUUCUGCCGUCUUCGUCUCCAGCCGUUCACCUCCAGAAUCUGUGAUGGCAGCAGUAGAGGUAUUGCCAUACAGUGGCGGGCCGCAGUUAAUAUUGAAGUCUGUUUCUAGUAUUUGAGGAUAGGAGGAGGAAAGGACUGAGGAGGCGAUUUUGAUUGAAGAAGCAGAAUCAAAAUGGGAAGCAGAGCACUGUUACUGCUCAAAUUACCAGCACCAGCGAGGCCGCUCUCAUCUUUCAACAACAGAAAAUUGAGCUCUGCUUCAGAGCUACUCAGUCGUUACAAUUGUUAUAGGACUCGAAGAUGCUUCACGAAAGCAACAUAUGGAUCCUCUCUUGAACCCCCAAAUUUGCCUCGUUUGGCUGAAACUGCUCGAAUUUCUCUUACCCCAGAUGAGGUUGAAGAAUUCGCUCCCAAAAUUCGACAAGUCAUUGAUUGGUUUGGACAACUUCAAGCGGUUGAUCUUAGUAGUGUUGAUCCUGCAAUUCGAGCAGAUACCGAAGGUGAGAACUUGCGUGAUGAUAUUCCCCAACCAUACGAGAAAAGGGAAGCUGCGGUCGCAGCUAUUCCAAGCUAUGAAGAACCUUAUAUCAAAGUUCCCAAAGUUCUAAACAAAGAGUAAAUGCAGUCUUAAUAAGUUGCUUCCUUCUUUUAUGUAACUUCAGCAGCGUUGUAGACAUUGUUGUAUCUUUCUUUUCAAUUAAACAUAAUAUCAUGCUUUUUGGCUUUCUGGUGAUUUUGGUAAAAUGUAAAUGUGUCAAGUAGACUGCCUCCCCAUCCCAAAUCAAGACAAAUAAAAUGCAGAUUUAAUUAUGUUAUUUA